AUGAACAACGGCACCCCACUCACAACAAGCAGUUAUCUAAGAAUCAUACAGAUCAACCUCAGAAAAUCCUUUGACGCCCACGACGAAUUCAUCAACACAGCCUCACCGGACGACUGGGACGUUAUCGCAAUCCAAGAACCAGCACUCAACUCCCUCGGCAACACUCGGGCUAACAGGAAAUGGCAGUCGUUUUACCCAUCCACCAAGGCUCACGAAGGCCACGGCAGAAUACGUGCUGUAACGCUAGUCAGCACACGCGUCGGUGCGUGCAUGCAGAUAGACGUCGAUUCAAGCGACAUUGUAGGAAUAAGAGUGGGUACCGCAUCGGGCCUCUGCACCAUCUACAACAUCUACAACAAAGGCACCAGCAACGAUACAUUGGACCAGCUCACCCAACACCUCGAAACGCGCAAUACGUCAACAUGGGCCAACCGGCUCGAAGUAUGGCUCAGGGACUUCAACAGGCACCACCACACCUGGGAGGGGGACAACAACCGUCACCUACGCAGUUCGACCGAUGCCAUCACUCCGCUACUCAACCUGAUCAUCGAACACGGCAUGCAGCAACUCCUACCAGCCGGAAUACCCACACGAGAGGAGAACGGGAGUCAAACUAGGCCAGACAACGUGUGGGCAUCAGACGAUAUUGUCCACCGACUUGUAGAGUGCAAUACAUGGCCAGACCUUCGUCCAACAACAACGGACCACAUCCCAAUCGCCUCCAUCAUCGACCUCUCAGUUGCGAAAGUGGCCAUCACGCCAAGGCCAAACUACAGAAGGACAAACUGGGAGAAAUUCCGGGAAGGCAUGGAAGAUGCAGUCAAGAACGACCCAAGACUGGCAAUCGAACCAACGCGCCCCGAGGAGCUGGAGCAGCUUGUCGAGCUACUCACAGGUUACAUGCAGACAAAGCUCAAGGACACGACCCCGCUCAGCAAGGACCCAACAUUCCGCAAGCCGUGGUGGAACAAGCAAUGUCAGGAUCUUCACAAAUGCAAAUGCCAAGCAUACACAGAGUUGCGGUACUGGCAAGCAUCCCCAGCCCACCCAAGUCAUCAGUUUUACAAGGCACUGUGCCAAGAGAUGAAGGAGAUGGUACAAAGGAGAAAGGAGGCAUUCUGGUGGAAGUGGAUCGACGAGGCAUCCGACACCGACCUAUGGAACAUCAACCGCUUCAUCAAGCGAGGCGCCAACGAUGGAAGUAGUGAGAGAAUCCCCCCACUCAAAAAGCCAAACGGCACACUAAUGCAAAGUAAUGAGGAGAAAGCAGAGCUACUAUGCGACGCAUUCUUUCCACCUCCACCUGCACUUGCACUCCCCAGACCAAGGCCGGCACCUCAAACUGCACUUCCUCAGUGGACACCAUACUCGAUAAAGAGGGUGAGCAAGGCAGUUGGACGUCUCAAGCGCGACAAGGCACCAGGCCCGGACGGUAUCCCAAAUGCAGCAAUUCAGGAAGCACUCCCAGCUAUCAGUCCCAUCCUCAAGAAUGUAUUCAAUGCGGCCAUUCGACUCCGGCACAUUCCAAAGCAGUGGAAGGAAUCAACUACAGUGGUCCUACGAAAGCCAGGGAAGCCAGCGUACAAUAUAGCCAAAGCGUACCGACCGAUCGCGCUCCUCAACACCCUCGGAAAGCUUCUCUCGGCACUCAUGGUGGAGGACCUCACCUACAUGUCCAAGCACUAUGCACUGCUCCCACACUCUCAGUUCGGUGGUCGACCAGGAAGGACAACAACGGACGCCCUUCACCUUCUCACAAGCACAAUCAAGAAGGCAUGGAGGGAGUCAAAGGUGGCCAGCGCACUGUUUCUCGACAUCCAAGCAGCAUUCCCCAAUGUUGUCAAGCCAGUCCUCAUGCAGAACAUGAGAGCAAAAGGGAUCCCAGAGGAGUAUGUGCAGACUCUCGAGAACAUGCUGACAGGCAGAUCCACGCGCCUCAAAUUCGACGAGGUGCACUCCGCACCCCGCGCUAUCACCAACGGGAACAGCCAAGGAUGCCCACUCUCGAUGAUCCUCUACCUAUUCUACAUUGCCCCACUACUGGAGAUCGCAAACGGCAAGGACCAGCUCACCCUCGGGUUUGUGGACGACUCUACCCUGAUCGCCAUUGGCCAGAACUUCCACGACACGCACCUCGGACUGAAGGACAUGAUGGAACGUGAAGGAGGCGUACUAGACUGGUCACGUUCGCACCACUCACCACUCGAGAACAACAAACUCGGGCUUGUCGACUUCACCAUGUCAUCCGAAAAGCGCAAAGGCUCACAUCCCCUGGUCCUCGAGGCAAAGGACAGCAAUGGCAGAACGUCAACAGUAACGAUUCAACCCACCGACAGUUGCAAGUUACUUGGAGUGGUGAUCGACCAGUCACUGCGGUGGAACAAGCACCAGGAGCUCGUGCACACAAGGGCAGUAAAGUGGACCUCACUAUUCUCGCGUAUACACAGGGCAUUCCAUGGCCUCCCAAUCCGCUCAGGCCGCCAACUCUUCAACUCCAUUGCCAUUCCUCGCAUCACAUACGCCGCAGACAUCUGGUACACCCCACUGUACACCAAGCCAGACUCCGCACGCCGGAUGGGAUCCGUAGCCAUCACCAAGAAGCUGCAAGCCGUCCAACGUAGAGCCGCCAUCGGUAUCACAGGCGCUAUCCGCACAACAGCAGGAGAUACCCUUGAUGCGCACCUCAAUAUGCUACCAAUCAAAGAAACUCUACGCCUCACAUGCCAGAAGGCGGCGGCCCGGCUGGCAAGCCUGCCCGCUACCCAUCCUCUCUCCAAAUUCGUGAAACGAGCAUCAAGAGGACUCUUCCAGAGGCACAACGCCCCCCUACAUCGCAUCUUCCACUCCAUCGACUCCAAAGUAGACGACCUUGAAACCAUCACCCCAGCAUCACGCAACCCCAAUGCCACUAACCCAUUCACUAUCUCAAUAGAGGAGUCGAGGAUGUUAGCGAAAGAGGCGGACAACAACAGCAACGGCAACAACGAGCGGGUAGUAGUUUAUACGGAUGGCUCAGGAAUGGAAGGCAUGAUAGGAGCAGGUGCAGUACUCUACAGAGACGGAGUACGGAUAAGGUCAGCAAGAUUCCUGCUUGGAGAAGACACGGAGCACACGGUACACGAAGGAGAACUCGUUGGAAUUGCACUCGGAGUCCAGCUAGCCAAGAUGGAAAGGAUCAUCAUACCACGUAUCAAGAUCAGCCUCGACAACCAGGCAGCAAUACAAGGAAUGGAGAACGUCAGUGCCAAAGCCGGCCAACACAUCAUCCACAAGAUCCACAGAGCAAUAGACGAACUGCGCAACGAUCAAAAGCGUAGACAAGAACUCGUAGAGGCGAGCGAUGACGAGACGAGGAUCAAUCGAUCGACUCAGAUCACUCUCACGUGGGUCCCAGGUCAUGAAGGGAUCGAGGGUAACGAAGCAGCGGACGAGGAGGCCAAGAAGGCCAUCACAGAUGGAUCAUCCACAGCAGCAACACUCCCACCAUGGACAAAGGACACCCUCCCGCAGAAUAUCUCGGCACUCAGACAGGAACUCAAACUUGCAGCAAGGAAGUCAGCACACGACAAGUGGAAAUCUUCAGCAUGGUACAACAGGACCAGGCCCAUCGACGAGACAAUGCCAUCCAACAAAUAUCUCCAAAUCACAGACGAGCUAACAAGAGCAGAAGCAGCGGCACUUAUUCAGCUACAUACAGGACAUAUCGGACUGAACAAGCAUCUGAACCGCAUCAACAGAGCGGAUGCACUGUGGUGCCCACACUGUGGAGAGGGAAAUGCAGAAAACAUAACUCAUCUCCUCCACAUCUGCCCAGCGUACAAUGCAGCGCGAGCCGAAUGGGAAGGAGCAUUGCGUGAGAAGACAAGAGAACCAGCGGAGAUACUAGGGACAAAGGAGGGAAUCAAGGAGAUGUUGAAGUUUAUCAGGAGGACGGGGAGGUUGAAGAUGGGAUGGGAGGAUACAAACGGAAGGGAAAGAGAGUAA